CAAGAGGAUCUCCUUCGAUGUAAGACUUCACCACGCUGCAUCCCCACUUCCUCCCAAGAGCACACUCAAGAGUCUCAAAAGCUCUGAAAAACUGUGACUCUCGUCCUGGUGAAUAUUUGUCUUUUCACAGGAAGAAUCUGAGGACGUUAAACACAGGCUAAGAACAAAGCCGACACUCAACACUAGACUUCAACUUCUAGACCCGACCACUUCCGAUACAGGGACGGAAUAGAACCACUUCUCCUGGGCGUCCUCAAGCCGCCGCAAGUAGUAGGAAGAGUCAGCAGUUCAGACAGACUAGAUUGGACUACGCCCACCAGGAUCCGGAAACAGGGUGCCUCGGAACCUGUUUACCUGAUCAACGAUCCGGAACUUCCGGGAGUGAAGAGCGUCGUUUCCGAGGGGACGAUCUUCUGAGACGGACACGAGACUGAUGUAGAGUCCUCCUUGUCUAUGAAAUGCAGUUUUCACAGCAGUUGGACCUGUUUCCUGAAUGCAGAGUGACCCUUCUGUUAUUUAAAGAUGUAAAAAAUGCAGGAGACCUGAGAAAAAAGGCCAUGGGAGGAUCUAUCAAUGGGUCGUUGAUAAACCCUAGUGUGAUUGUCGACCCAUUUCAGAUACUGGUGGCCGCGAACAAAGCCGUUCAUCUGCACAAACUGGGAAAAAUGAAGACAAGGACUCUGUCUACUGAAAUUAUCUUCAACCUCUCCCCAAAUAAUAACAUUUCAGAGGCUUUGAAGAAAUUCGGUACCUCAGAAAGCGACACUUCAGUUCUGAUUGUUUACAUCGAAGAGGGAGGAAAACAGAUACACCAAGAACACCUGAUAUCUCAAGUGGAGGGCCAGCAGGUACCUUUGGAAAGCCUUCCAGAAAUAACAAAGAUCGCAGAAGUCAAAAAGAUAUAUAAACUAUCAUCACAAGAAGAGAGUAUUGGGACAUUAUUGGAUGGUAUCAUUUGUAGAAUGUCAACAAAGGAUAUUUUAUAAGUUCAACAGAAAAUCUCAAAGUUAAUCACUAGCUGUUCUUUCCUGGUUAUAAAAUUACCACUGGAAAAGGAAAAAAGAAACUACUACCAGCCCUACUUUUUUCCACUCCUUAAAGAUACCCUGUCACCGUGUUUGACACUCUCUCCUUGUCUUCUGUUUGUUUCAAUAUGUUUUAUUUUUAUACAAUUGGAAUAAAAAGUUCAAGCACCCAGCGAAGGCUGUAGUGUUCAAGGCUCUUCCUCAGUAAUUCAUCCAUCAGUUUGCAUCUCACCUUGUACUGCUGGCUUUUCCACAUUGCCCUUCUAAGCAUCUGGAUCCUUAGUAUUUUAAGUAUAAUAAUUCCUUUAACUCUAAACCUAGUAUGGCGACUCACUUCUACAGCCCAGGUACGCCUGGGGAUUUCUCUUGCAGCUGAGGCAAGAUAAAGCCACAAGUUUGAGGUCAUCCUGAGAUAUGCGACAAGUUCCCAAUCAGCCUAAAGUACCAUGUCGAAUCCUAUCACAAUAAAUAAGUAAU